AUGUACGAAAUCGGAUUUGGAAAUAUCUAUCAUCCUAAGUGUCAUGGAUUGACCUGUCGAGACAUUCCUCGAGACCUUGACUACAGUAAUCGAAAACUUGUCCACCAUAACAAUCAAGGUAAACGAAUCCGGAAGCAAAAUGGAAGACUAACCUUUCAUAGAGGAAUCGAGAUUGAUGGAAAAAAAAUCAAGAGACCUAGAGAAGCGUCAUCGAUUAGAAAAAAAAUCAAAACGACUCAUACUGAUUUUAAAACUGAAGACGUUCUUCAUGAAGAAUGCCUUCCCUCGUUUCCUGCUUGGAAGGGCCAAAUUGAGAGUCUUUCUGAAAAACUGAAAGAAGGAGGAUUAGAAACUACAAUAAGAGAAUUGAGCACAAAUUGGAAGGAUUGGACCCGAGAUGCAGCGAAUGCUUAUCUGAAAGGAGAUAAUGUCAGAAUUCCAUGUAUUGGACGAGCUCCCUGGAGGCAUACAAUGGCUCAGAAUACUGAAAAAAUCUGCAAUCAGCUGCGACUGAACAACAAAAUAAUAACAAUGUUUUUCAAAAAAUAUAGAGACAGAUGUCUGAUUGAUUGCUCAUUUUUGUUGAGUGAGAAUGGAAGAAGUGUGCCGGAACUGGAGAAACAACUCAAAGAUUUUGUGGUUUAUACCAAGAAAAUCCUUUCUUUCGAGUGGCCAAUGGCAGUGGCAAAUUUGAUGUUGGAUGAAGGUGCUUCGUGGAUACCAUUGUUUGUCACUGCUCAAUCACAUACCGUAUUCAAUGCAGUCGCAGCUACAAUGGCCAGAUUACUGUAUGAUGUUGUUUUGGAGAACAUAACUCGUAUCAAAACAUUUUUCGAUAUUGAUGAUAGAGCAAAGUUGAUAAUAAUUCUGAAUGAAGAUGAGAAAGAAUUUGAUUAUUGGCAGAGAAUCAACAUUCUUCUCGAUUUAUGUAAAAUACCUCGAGUCGACCAUAAAAUCUAUCCGAGAAUGUUCACUGAAGCAUGGAUUGACGUCAGAAAUUGGUUCGAUUCAGAGAGCAUCGUGUUCAAACCACUUCCGCAACCUUUCGAGCUACUCAACUCCAGAAUUUCGGAGGUACAGGAAAUGCUUGUUUCGUUCUCGAAAGAUCCAGAUGACGUUGCGUUCUGGGAGAGAAUAGCGAAAGAAAUUCUAGAUAUAAGAGAACAGGUUUUGAAGCAAGGAACACGAGUUUUGAAAGGAUUCACCAUUUACGACAGUCGAGAUAUCAAAAAGAGAUCUUUAGCAAAGAUCACCGAAUCGGAGGAAAGACUAAAACAUAUUAUUUUGACAAGGCUUAUUGUGAAGAAUACAAAAAUUCGCGAGUUAUUCACUUUAUGCUCAGGAAAACUGUUUCGAAAUGAUGUUCUUGUACAGCUUCGAAAUAUUGAAGAGGUUCAGAAUGAGCUUCCGAAUAUCAAGGUAAAAAUUCAAUGCGUUGGAAAAGCAUACAAAUUUUAUGAAAUUUCGCGACUUGGAUUCAAAUUGGAUCAACUUGUAAACUUUGUCUGGGAUCGUAUCAAUCAUGAACGACAAUGGAUUACAAAACAAGUUUCGGAUCAAACCUCCAAAAAUUAUUAUGAAUGUGAAAUGAUUGAGAAAGAGUGGUUGGACUGUUUGAAGAAGUACAGAAGUGCAGUUCGGAUCAACGAGGUUCAGAAAGUACAGAUCAAAAUGGGAAAUCUCGAAGAGAGAAGUGCAAUUUUAAAAGGAAAAGAUGAGAAACUAAUUGGCCAACGGUCUCUACUCGGACUUCCUUCCUCGCCGAUAGAUUGCAUAAGAAUCGCAAAAGUUUGCGCAUUCUUCUCGAAACUAUCAACCCUACAUUUCAAAACACUUCUGCAUCACGAAUCUUGCUUGAGAAUGAGAAUAUCAGAUGUGGAUCAUAACUUUUUGGUAGCGGAAACUGAACGUCUUCAAUCUGAAAAAGACAAUCUCAUGGAAGCAGCAACCGCCAUUAAUGAACAUGCGACGACUUCCAAAGAGGCAUUGCUGAAAAUCCAGAAUGUUCUCGUGGAAUUCGAAAAACUGCUUCCGGUUCUCGGAGCAAUAUCAUGUCAAGCAAUGAAAGAUAGACACUGGAAAAUGAUACUUCAAGACUCUGAAACAAGUGUCAAAGUGGAAGGAAAUCCUCUUGUCAGUGAACUACUCGAAAUGAAUUUUAUUGAGAAAGCUGACAAAUUUGAGCAGGUCGGAGCUCAAGCUGAAAAAGAAAGGGUUCUGGAAACAUCGAUAGACAAAAUGAGAAGUCAAUGGAAGUCAGCUACAUUCAUGACUCAUCAAGGAGGAGAACUUCUGACGACUGAAUUGAAUGUUCAGAUGCAGGCUCAUUUAGCAAGAAGUCAAACGAUUCUAUCUUCUCCACAUGCAUUUUCAAUCCUGGAUCAUAUUCGACAUUGGUUGGAUACUCUUCUCAAUCUCAAUAAUUUUGUUCAUUUGUACAAGAGAUGUGAUCUCAGAUGGAAAAAGAUUGAAGGAGUUUUCUCAACAGAAGAUAUUGCAUACCAGAUGCCACAUGAAUUCAGAACAUUCAAGAAAAUAUCCUUGCGAUGGCUUCAUAUCAAUAAUCAGAUUACAGAAGAACGUCCGAUUCUUGAGCAAAUGGAUCUGGUUCAACAAUUGAAUAUUGAUCUUUCCGAGUUGGAAGUCCUUUUCGGACGUAUGGAGAAUGGAUUUCAUGCAUAUCUCCGAAAGAAAAGAGCAGUGUUCCCACGGCUCUUCUCACUUUCCGAUGAGCUUGUUCUCUCAUUGAUUUGUGAUAGUCGGGAGCCAGCGAAUUGCAAAUCCUACAUCCCUCUUCUGUUUCCAUCUCUGGUUACAUUCGAUCAGAAUACCAAAAUGGAGAUAGUAUCAGUUUCAACGAAACAUGAAACCAUUUCUCUUGUCAAACCUGUGAAUGUGAAUCUUUCAAAAAGACACGUGGAGAAAUGGAUGCAUGAAUUAGAUGCUCAGAUAAAAUACACUCUUAGAACCCGCAUCAGGCUGCUGAUCGAAAAGAUGAACUACAAAUUGAGCCCAGUAGAAUCUAUUCUGAGUGAACCUAUUCAGGUUGCCUCCGUUUAUCUGAAAAUCGCAUUCACUUGGCAGAUGGAGAAUAGCAUGAAACAAAACUCAAUGACCGUAAGAAAAAUGAAAAUACUGGACGCGGACUUCAAGGUUUCAGAUUCUCGGAAAGUUUCUGCCGGUUUUAUAUCACAUCUACAAGUCAGGUGUGUUUAUAACAGAAGAUCUCUGCAAUCUCUUUUUCUUCCAGCUAACCAUCUGGUAAACAAGUUUAUAAAUGAGCAAGUUAUUUUCAUUGAUGAUUAUCGAUGGAUUUCCCAGCUGCGAUAUUAUUGGCACAUGGAAAAUGUCUUCAUUCGUGUUGGUACAGUUUCCACUAGAUAUGAUUAUGAGGUUCAAGGAAUCGAUUAUAUGGUUGACAACAGAUUGAUCGAUGAAUCAGUCAAACAUUUCAUAUAUAUGAAUCAUUUUGGAUUCAAUGGGAAAGUCCAUGGUAUUGAUGCCAAUUCGGCUCGUCAAAUAUCCGGAGCACUUGGAAAACCAUUUGCAAUUUGUGAUACAGAUCAGGAAAUGGAUUGUAAAAUGCUCAUCGAAGGGUCUCUUUUGUUUGGUGGAACCGUUUUCAUAGAAGAAAACAGUUGUGAAGAUCUUGGAAAAUCUACAGAGAAAGAUGUUUAUAGCAGCCACUGUCUAUUGAAUCUGAAGUACCAUUUCGAAUCCGAAAUCACGCUGAAUGCAUCUUUUAUUUUUUUAUUAUCAUCUCAAGCUUUGCAAACCGCAAGAAGACUACAGUUGGGAUCCAAUUCCUAUCUGAAACUGAUUGAUGAGAUUCUUUCUUUGAAUAGCAUUGCUCAUCGAGAGAAAAAAGUUCAAAAGUUCCAAGUUAUAACCGAAUUGGAAAGCUACACAAGAGCAGAGAAUCUGUGGAGGAACUACACAGAAUCAAUGAUUACAAAAAUUUUGGAGAACGAAGAUCUAGAACAAGAACAAGUAAUCGAAAAUUCCAUUUUCCGUUGCUUGAGUAUUUCUUUGAACAAAAAGAACAAGAAACUUCUUGAAAGUCUUCUGAAUAUCUCGCUCAAUCCAAAGCCCAAAAAAUCGCCAACCCCAGCAAAAACGCCAAAAAGUUCGGAUGUACCACGAAAAAUGCUGGACACCGAUCCAUUACCAAUAAGAGAAAAGAUUGAAGAUCUUGUUAAUCUACUACAAAAUCAUCAGGUUGUUGUGGUUUAUGGUGGUAGUCAAACUGGGAAAUCAAGAGUAAUUGCGAAGGCGGCGAAAUUGAAAUCAGCAGAUUUAGAAGUACAAUUUGGUCUAUGGGAAGAUAUUAAACCAUUUGGAGAGUCUUUGAAAAAUAUGAGACGACCCAACAAAUGGAUUGUAAUAGACGGUUUCAUGAGUUCCAAAACCAGACAGUGGAUACACAGACUCAUGAAUGAGAAUACGGUAAUUUCGUUAGAAUCGCAAUUGUUUCCAUGGCGAGAACUUCCAAUUAUUGCCUCUAGCGAACGAGUCAUAAUUGAAACGGACUGUUUAACAGAUGACUUGAAAUCUCUACCUUUAGUUUUCCUCAAUAACAAUGAUGCGUUUAUCAAAGAAACGAUGCUAGAUCAGACGGAACAACAAAGACUAGAUGAUGUUCUAAAUUAUUAUUCAGAAUUCAAGUACCGAAAACUUGAAUUGAUCAGGAAAAUCGAGGGAUUGAAAAAACAGAUAAUUACAAACAGUGAAAAAGUAUUUGAGCACAUUCUCAUAAUGUCGUUGCUAACUUUCGUGCCAGCUACACAGUUGAUGAGUUUCUUUUUCAAAUCGAACGAGAAACUUCUAGAAUUCUACAGUAAUGUACCUUACUCGGAUGGAUGGUAUACUUACAAAGAAGGCAUGGACAUUUCUCCAUCUCAUUUUUAUCUAAUUCACUCCAUCAGUAUGAUACUCUAUUCUGAAUUCAUUCCUCUUCUGAUUUGCCCUCCCAGUCAGGAGUUUUACGAAUUUUUGUCUCGUCUACAAGCUGAACUUGAUGCUCUCGGAUGGCACACGAUUACAAUGUGUAUUGAUGAGAAAGUAACGAUUGAAGAAAUCAAACAAUUCGUUGAUAACUGUGCAAUCAUGUUUGGUGGCCAUCAGCAUCAGGAAAAAGAUUUCGAUGAUCCUCAGGAAGGAUCCAAUUUCUUCUUAAUUCGAGGGAUUGAAAAUGCACCUUCAGAAGUGAUAGACUGGCUGAGACAUCAAUAUGAGAGAAAACACAUUAUGAAAACGUUGUUUGUGACUUCUUACUCCGUUGAAACGUUUCACAAACGAAUUCAAAGAUUCUUGUUUCCAAUCAACUGGAUGGACAUAACUGGGGAACAAUCCUUAACACUUUUCCCACUGUCCAACUAUUCAUCAGUUCUGAAAAACAUAACGAAGGACAUCAAGAUCAAAGAAAUCAGCGAUUCGAUUCAAAACAAUUUAAUUGGUGCUAUGUUGGAUGCCAGAAUUCUAAGUCUCUAUGAGAAGGUUUUCGAGUUGAAAACAUCGGAAAGAUACGAUUUGGUUCGAGGAAAGACGUAUAUCGAAGUUGGAGAGCUCUGUUCGAUUUAUUUGAACGCAACGAAAGAAUUGGUAGAAAGGAACAAAAGAAUAAGAUGUGAUAACGUUAUUCUGUCACCCACAGAUGCUGAAAACAUCAAUAUCAUUGAGAAGGUAAACCAAACCAACUACGGACAUGUUGUGGUUGUGGGAAAUGAUACUUCAAAGGCUUUGGAAGCUCUAAUGGUAUCCACGGAACUUAGUCGACAUAUGUUGUACACAAAUCAAGGAAUCAAGACGAAAGAAGAAUGGGGAGAUUUGAUGAAUCGAGUAUUAAGAGAUUCUCUAAUCGAUGGAAAAGAAACCGUUCUUGGAUUGACUGUAUCUCCAGAUGAGGAAAUUGCUGAAACUAUUUUAGUAGAUAUGAAAUGUAUUUGCGGUUAUAAAUUGAUUCCUCCAAGAUAUCUCUCACGAUUGAUGCUGUCAGAAUUUGGAGAGAAACAUACUCUGGAAGGCAAAGGAAUAUGGGAGAUGCUGGAGACGAAACUGUCCGCUUUAAAAGUGUCUCUAAUACUGAAAUCUUCUGAUUUUUCUUGGUUUAUGAAUUGCCAUCGAAUGCUUUUAUCCAUGAUGAUUCUAGUCUGGUGGGGAGAUCCUUCUAGAAAAGAGCAGGAACAGGAGAUUCUCGACGAGCUACAUAAUUCUGGGCUGUUUUCAAAACAACAAACAGAGCAGCUAAUGAAAGUCAUAGAUGAGUUGAUUUCGAUGAAGAUAUUGAAUACCAGAGCUGAAAAAUUAAAAAUGAUCUCAACAAUUACAAAGUUAGCGAAGAAAAAGAAAGAAGAAGUUAGGAAAACCAUGACAAAAUAUGAAAAAGGAAUGGAAAAAAUGAAGAGAGCCGAAGAGCAAGUGGCUGGAAUGCAGGGUGAAUUGUUGAGAUUGCAACCACAGUUGGUGAGGACUUCAAUUGAGACGAGUUUAAAAUCCAAUUUCAGUAUGUUGAUGAGUACAAUCGAAAAAGAAACAAUUGAUGUUGAGAACGCUAGAGAAGUAGUGGCUGCCAACGAGAACAAGUCAAAUGAAGCUGCUACCAAAGCUCAAUCUUUGAAGGCCGAAUCAGAGGCAGAGUUGACAUCCGCCAUUCCAGCAUUAGAAUCAGCAGUUGAAGCACUUGAAACAAUGACCCAAAGUGAUGUAUCUUCUCUAAAAACUAUGAGAUUUCCCCCAUAUGCAGUACGUCUUUGUAUGGAAGCAGUUUGUAUUCUUCUUGGAGUGAAACCAGCCAAAAUAACAAAUGAAAUCGGAGAAGUUGUAAAUGAUUACUGGGUAUCCGGUCAAAAACUCCUGUCGGAUAUUCAUUUUCUGGCCAAAAUUCGAAGUUUUGCAAGAGAUUCGAUGAGCAAAAAAACGAUGAAAUUGAUAAGAGAUAAAUAUUUAUCAAAAGAAGAAUUCGAUCCAGACAAGGUCAAACAGUGUUCAUUAGCAGCCGAGGGUCUGUGCAGAUGGGUUCUGGCAAUUGAUAUGUAUAAUCAAAUCAGUAAGAUCGUAGAGCCAAAACGGGAGAGAUUGAGAAAAGCGGAAGUUUUGGUGAAGCAGCAUUUAAAACAAUUAGAAGUGAAGAGAAAAGCUUUGCUGAAAGUAACAGAAAAAUUGCAAGGAUUAUCAGAUCAAUUCAGUCAGAUGUGUCAAAAGAAACAGGAACUGGAAUCCCAAAUUUCCAGUUGUGAGGUUCGAAUGGAAAGAGCCGAAAGACUUGUUCAAGCGUUGAGUGGAGAGAAAGACAAAUGGAAAAGUAAAAUAACGGAUGUCACUCACGAAGAUUCAUUGAGUGUACCGUAUUCUGUUGGAUCUGCUCUAGCGUUGCAUAUUUUUGGGAAGUUGCCAAUUGAUCAGAGAGAAAAAGAGCUUCGAAAGACCAUGAGAAGCUUGUUCCCAAAAUUGGAAAUAACAAUCGCUUGUGACUUGAAAACCUUGGUUAUGCUGGUUGAUGAUCCAAUCUGUUUCAUUAACGAUGAUAGCCGAGCUUUGGAAUUCUUAGAAUCAAAAUUCGAAAAAGUAGUUGUCUCGAAUCAAUGGUCAGAAGCUGAACGCCAGCAGUGUCUAGCUUCGAAUUCAGUUUUGCUUUUUGAAAUUAAUCAAGAAAAUUUGAAAGCGGCGGAAGAAAUCGAUAAUGCAGAAUAUUACAGUCAGAUGGAGGAAGAAAUCGUUAUCAAAAUUGGAAACCAUCAGCAUGAAGUUAACAAAAACUUCAGAGUGUUCUUUAGAACAAGAGGAGCCAAUAAUCUCAAUUUGAAAAAGUCUGUCAUAAUUGACAAUCAGUUUAGUGACGGAGAGUUGAGGCAUGAUAUCUGUGAAAUGAUGGGAUCAGCAAAUUGGGCCGAAACAUUGAACCAUUAUAACGAAAUGGUUGAAUCCAGAAAUAACGAUAUCGCAAUGAUGGAGAAAACUGAAAACGAAAUGUUGGAUUUGUUGGGGAGAUCAAAAGACUUGGAUGAUGAGAGAGCAAUCGAUUUAUUAGCAGAAGCUAGAAAUCUGCAAUCGUCGAUUGUAGCGAGGAACAAGGAAAUCGCAGAGAUUGAAACAUCUUUGCGUUCAAUUGAAAGUAAAAUGUCUCAAUGCAUCGAUUAUUCUAUGAAAGUUAUUAAAAUGAGCUACACGUUACAUCUUCUGGAUCCAUUCUACAGAAUUUCUUUAUCUGAUUUGGUGAAUGUCCUGGAAACCAAACUUUUCGAUAAUAUUUCCGACAUCAACCAUGAUAAAAUCAAUCACCAAAUUUCGGAUCUCUACUGGAACUUUCUGUGUCAUAUGCUGGCGUGUGAUGAUAAAAUGAUUGUUCACCAUCUUCUAUUCCAUAAGAUGAACUAUCAAGUACUGGAAAUGGAAAUGAAGAAUCGAAUUACUAUGGAUAGUUUCUUCAAUUUCUCCGCAUUCAUUUUGAAGUCUGAACCAAAACAGCUAAUUCUAAUGAAGUAUGAUGCGGAAGUUUAUACUACGAUUCUUCAAUUUGGACAAGUUACCAGAAAUGCUAACUGGAGAUGUUUCUCAAUUCUGGAUCAUGUUCUGUUGAGACUGGAAAAGUUAGUAGAUGAACCCAUAUGGCUCUUAUUAAACGUCAACAGGAGUUGUCAAACUACGGUUAGAAAGCUGAAAAGUGUACUCGAUAAACUGAAAAACCUCCCAGUUGUGCAUUCAUCGUUCAGAAUAAUUAUUGGAUACUCAAACGAGAUAGAGUGUUCAGAAGAGAUGAUUGCACUAUCAUCUCAUCGUUUCUAUUUUUCUGCUUCCGCAUAUUUAUUCCAACAGACUCGCCGGAUUCUUGCAAAUCUUUCAAUUCGAAGUUCUUUGGAUAAAUCAGAAGAAAAACAAAGAAUUCAAAUUAUAAGAUUGAUGUGCUUCCAUUAUGGACUCAAGUUAAGAAGAAAAUAUAAUCCCGAACUCAGUUUCAAGGUAGAUGAUGCAGACCUUUUGGCAAUGAUGAAACUUUAUCAAGAGCUGAGAAAUCUAAGUGAUCAACCAAAUGAAAUUCAAGAUGUGAUGAAAGUGAAAACUUGUGUAAUCGAACCAAUUUAUUAUCCAAAAACGAAUUGUCCGGUUGAGAAAAACAUAAUAAGCUCAAUGAUUCAAUGGAUUGUUGAAGUUAAUCUAUCGAUUCCAGCAGAUACCCUUUUGAAAAACAUCAUCAGAGAAGAUAACCACAAUUUUGUAGGUGAACAAAUAACAAUCAAAAAAGAAUUAAUCAAUUUCCAGGAAGAUUUUUCUCAUUUCAUGCAAUCACACGAUGAAAGUAUUUUAUGUGGAUACAAUGCUCGAAUUUCAAGAGAAUCUCGAUUGCUUAUGGAGAAGAAAGUAGUUCAGAAAAUGAAAGUUUUAUUCGACGAAAAUCAGGAGACACCAGGAGACUGUAUCAAAAAUAAUGAAAAGUUAAGAACAAGAAGCUUCAUGGCUGAUGUAGAGAAUGGAAACAGAGAGUUGGAUGGGAGAAAAGUCGUGAAUAUUACAGAAUUGAUAUCAUAUUUGAAGAUGCAGUUCUGUCUAAAAUACAAAAUUGGAAUCGCAGAGGUCAUGAUGAAUGCAGAGUUCGUGAAUGACAACUACGAAUUACCCAAAAUAGGAUCUGAAUCCGAUGUUCCAAUGCUAAAACUAUCCCACUGUAUAUUAGAGUCCGCUCAUUUCAUACAAGGAGAAAUCCGGGAAUUACACAAUCAUCAGAGCCAACACGUUACAGUGUUACUCAAAACGUCCAAGAGAACUGGAGCUAGCAAUCCAAGAAGUCUUCCAUUAAUCUGUCCAUCUACUCGUAUGAGUGUAGCUCAAAUCCCGUUUCAUUCUCAGUUCCCAAUAGCCCAUUGGCAUCUUCGAGGGGUUUAUGUGACUGCAGGCAAAACGGAACGAGGAAUCCGUUCAUGA